AUGAGCAAAAAGCGAGUUCUAGGCGCAUCACAGGCGGAUCAUGCCCCGAGUGGAUUAACGGGGAUACCUACUCCUUCGUCAUCAUCAUCGGCCUCUCCUUCUUCCUCCUCAUCUUCUUCGCUAAUCGCUACCGAAGCCUUACGAUGUCCGAUAUGCAAUGAGGUCAUGCUGACAUUGCAUCAGCUCAACCGUCAUCUUGAUGACGAACACUCUUCGCCUUCACCGGGAUCAACUGAUAAUAACUUACAAUUCGAGACAGAUUUCAAAAACUGGUUCAAAAAAACCGUUGUUGCCAAAGCCACAGAGAUUGUUAACUCGCCCCAAGGACAGUCUCAGCGUGGUUCUACUAAGAUUGAACUGUCUGCAAGCAAUUAUUCAGAAAUAUCUAAUGAUGAGGGCUCGAAUAACGCACCGUUGAUGGAAAAUGCAUCUGUAAUUCCCCGAGAUCACUGGCAGAGGUUGAAUGGCGCCAUGACAUGUAACAUGGACGGUUGUCCAAAGAAGCUAGGAGGCAAAUUUGGGACUGUUAACUGCCGGAAAUGUGGCAAGCUUUUUUGCAAUCAGCAUACACUAUUUAGAAUGAAGCUCGAUAGGGACCUCAAUCCUGAUCCAAUCCAAGGAUAUUGGAGCAGAUGCUGCCAAGACUGCUUUCUUUCAUAUAGACAGGGUUGGAAUUUAUCUAAUCCAAGCUCUUCCAAUCUGUUAAUCGAUAAGGGGGUCACGUUCAAACGCUUGCGAGACCAAAAGAUUGAAAAUGUCAAAUUGGAGAUAGUGACAUUGGAAAAUAGGUCGAUCAAAUUGCUACAAACUCUCAAACAGAUUGAGGAUGGUCACAUUCCAGCGCGAAAUCUGAAAACGAUUGAACAGGGUUUAGCAAAUUGGGUUGAUAGUUCACAAGUUAUCGAAUGUUCAAUAUGCCACACAGCGUUUAAUUUUUGGAAUCGAAAGCAUCACUGCAGAGUUUGUGGACUUGUCGUUUGUGGAGACGUAUCUCGUGGCUGUUCUAUGGAUGUUCCUGCCAAUAUCUUUGUUGAUAUAAUGAACACUGACCAAGAAGAGAAAAUACAGAACUUAGAGGAUGUCAAUUGGACAGUUAGAUUAUGUCUUAACUGCAAACAAAAGCUAUUCAACAAGAGACUGCUUUUUCAAAGUCGGACUUCUGAUAGUUUGUCAGAGUUUCUGCAUUUCUUUGCCCAAGUGAAGGCCUUGGAAGCAAAAAUUGGAAAUAAACGAAAAGUUGACGGACCUUUCGAUUUAGGUCAUGUUGAGCUACUUGGAAAGAUGGAGCGAAUAGGCAAAUUGGUUGCAAAUAAGAUUGAUGGUUUAGAACACUCUUUGGAGCAAGGUAAGGUCAAGUCCCAGUCGAUGCAAAUCAAGAUUGAUGAAAUCAAGCUUUACAAAUCAUUGAAAUCAUACAUCAUUCUGUUUCUUCAAGAAAAUCUCCCCAUACUUAGAAAGGCUCAACAGGAGAAAUUGAGAAAAGAGCAAAAGGAACUGGAAAGCCAGUCCUAUUCCAAACCGGCGAAACCAAAGCUGCUAAAGAAAGAAAUCAGGGAAUAUAGAGAAAAACUGAUGGUUCUGAAUGAACAGAAGUUUAUGGUCCAAAAUCUCUACGAAGAUUACAAGAAACGAAAGAAAUUCGAUGAUCUCAAAUCGCUAGAACUAAAUCUCUCUGAUUUGCAGCAAGAGAUAGAUUCGGUUCAAAAUCAGUUGGGAGAUAAUGCAUUUUAA